AUGGCGCAACACACACCACUGGUACUGAUGCUUCUUCUAUGUACUCUGUCUGUCAACUCUUCGUUCCAGCCUGCCCUGGUGCUAGAAAUGGCCAAGAUUCUUCUGGAAAACUACUGCUUCCCUGAGAACCUGGUUGGCAUGCAAGAGGCCAUCCAACAAGCCAUCAACAGCGGAGAAAUCCUGCAGAUUUCAGACAGGAAGACACUGGCAGCUGUGCUCACAGUCGGAGUACAAGGGGCACUGAACGAUCCGCGGUUGAUGGUGUCAUACGAGCCCAAUUUUGUCCCGGUGAUGCCCCCGAUGCUGCCAUCUCUCCCCAUAGAGCAGCUGAUCUGGCUGGUGAGAAACUCUGUUAAGCUUGAAAUCCUGGACAACAACAUUGGAUAUUUGCGGAUAGACCGGAUAAUUGGGGAGGAGAUAGCGGCAAAACUUGGCUCUCUGCUGAGGGACAACAUCUGGGACAAAGUUGCCCAAACAUCAUCAUUGAUUUUUGAUCUGAGAUAUAGCACAGCUGGAGAACUGUCUGGAGUUCCGUUUAUAAUCUCCUAUUUUUCAGACCCUGAGCCCCUCAUUCAUAUUGACACUGUGUAUGACAGGCCCUCAAAUACAACCAGGGAACUGUGGACCAUGCCAUCAAUAAUAGGGGAAAAGUAUGGAAAGAAGAAAGACCUGAUUAUUUUGACAAGUAAGCGUACUGUGGGGGCUGCUGAGGCAGUGGCAUAUACAUUAAAAAACCUAAAGAGGGCGAUUAUACUUGGGGAAAGGACUGCUGGUGGAUCAGUUAAAGUGAAAAAAAUUAGGAUUGCUCAGUCAGAGUUCUACAUAACAGUUCCUGUGGCAAGAUCAGUCAGCCCAAUCACAGGUCAAAGCUGGGAAGUCAGUGGUGUUUCACCAACAGUCAACAUCAUUGCCAAGGAAGCGGUCACAAAAGCCAAGUCCCUUCUGGCUGUAAGGAGCACCAUUCCAAAAGUUGUGCAGAGUAUCUCUGACAUAAUCAGAAGGUACUAUGCUUUCACUGACAGAGUUUCAGCUCUACUUCAUCGUCUGCAAUCUGCAGACCUUUUUUCUGUCGUAUCUGAAGAGGACCUAGCAGUCAGGCUCAACCACGACCUCCAGACUGUGUCUGAAGAUCCACGACUGAUCAUCAAAUACAUGCAAGACAAUGCUGCCAUAGUAGAGGAGGACCCUGAGCUUUAUAAUAUUCCAGAUGAUAUGAAAUUAUUAAGAGAGCUGGUUGAUACAAUGUUCAAAGUCGAAAUUCUCCCACACAACAUUGGCUACCUCCGCUUUGACAAGUUUGUCAAGUCAUCUGCGGGGGAUAAACUAGAGGAGCUCAUGGCUAAAAAGGCCCAUCCUAUGGCUCCAAGCGUGGGAUUUACGUGUUGACCAGCUACUACACAG